CAGGCAUGCGGCACAGCAGUGACAUUCAGCACCGCCACACCGCAUAGGUUUAAAUGGCAUCCAGCCCAAGUUCCUCCCUCCGUGCACAUCAAUCAUUUGCUUCGUCUUUCAUCUGUCAAUCCUGCUUACAGACAUGGUUCUCGAUACCUCUUUUGACAAAUCUUUGGGUUCCAAGCUAAGUGGGCUCAGGAAAGACUCGCAGUUGGAAACAAGACAAGUACCUACCAAUUCAAAAGUCAAGUCAAUUCAACCUCCCCUACCCAGACCGCGCUUCAUGGAUACCCAAAGCGACCCCACCCUGACCUCUCCUGGUUCACCAAUUCGCAAAGCCAUCCCCCAAUCGCAACGCCUGGCUGCGUCAAGUACUCGCGACAAAUGUUCCAGCCAGCCGUCCCGAAUAGUCUCUGACUCCAUCGGACGCCCAAAACAAAUCAUCAAUGACGCCGCACGAAUCCCUCAGGACUGCAUCCCACGUAAACGUGCACGGCUUGAUGGUAGUGAAGGUCCUGAAGUGGAUGGGCUAUCAACGUCGGAAGUGCGGUAUUCCCCAUCACCCUCUCACGCCGAAGCGACUCAGCAACCUCAUCAAGAGCAUGAUGGCUUCUCGCAAGUCCUGACCCCGAAGACUGCCAGAUCUACCCACGACAGCUUGUAUGGAGAGCUACUCAAGAAGCUGACUCCUAGCGACCGGAAAGGGGUCAUCUAUGUUCUAUGUGACCCAAACAACAAAUCCAGAGGUUACAAGAUCGGAAAGACGAAACGAGCCUAUAGAGACCGCAUCGUUGAGCACGAAAGAGCCUGUAGCUUCCUGCCCAGUGUGAUUCACGUGUCAGAUCACGAGAUUGACCAUUGUGGUCGCCUAGAAAAGCUUGUGCAUAUCGAUCUGGAGAACUACUGUGCACCAUUUCAUUGCGAAAAUCACGGUAGCAUCGAUGGGACCAAGGAGACCAAAGCACACAAGGAAUGGUUUCAGGUCACCGAAGAGAUGGCAGUCAAUACCGUAAAGAAAUGGGAGAGAUUUAUGCAACAAGAAAAGCCUUAUAGCUGGGAUAGGCAGCUGAAGAUUAUAUGGAGGCAUCUUCUUGAGACUAGGAGGUCGCUCGGGCCUCUUGGCGUGCGUACAUUGACACACGAAGCGCGACAAGAACACUGGGAGAAAAUACUUGCGCCUCCAACAACAACCGAGUACCUCCACGCCUAUCGAGCACACAUUCAAAUGUCUUUGAAGAGUCUUUGUCACUCCGCCGUCUACGUGUGGACAUACGUAUCGGAAUUCUUCUGGCCGUUGUGUACAUUGAUCUAUGGCGUGAUAACAUUGGCCGUAUUUCAGAAUCUACUGGCGUUCUAUGCGUUCGUCUUCAUCCUUGGAUGCGCCAGCGCCAGGGUUCUGUCUUACGUACCACUGAGUCCUCCGAAGCGACGAACCAGAACGCCUAACAAGGUACAUACGGCAGUUGCUUUGCUGCAACAUUAGCUUGUGGAUAAACGCGCGAUAUCCCACGCAGGCCAUGGAAUUUUAGCCGUAAUCCGCUAACCUCCCAUUCUCUUUGGAAGAACUGCCUGAACUAGAUCCUUCAACCUAGAGAUAACCAGAGUAUUGUUUGUAUGCGUUGGAUGCACGGUCUCUAUAUGUGGAAGGUACCAAUCCUCCAUGCCGUUCUUCCCCUAGCCUACAGGAGCGAGGUAAACAACACCA